GGCUCGCAGCCACCUCCGUGCCGCCAGAAAAAAAACAUGGCUUUUUGCUGCGCCGCGCCAACCCUGGGGGAGGAGGUGGUCGUCGAGAGAGGGAAGAACGAGGUGAGGCAAGUCCACAUCGUCCACUUCAACGACAUCUACAACCUGCAGCCACACACCGAGGAUGAUCCUGUGGGUGGUGCAGCCAGGUUCAUGACGGUACUGAAGGAGUUGAGAGCCGAGCUGGCCCCCGCCAAAGUCCUGGUGUGUAUGUCAGGCGACUUUGUGGGGCCAUCUCUCACUUCCUCCUUCUCGAAGGGUGCCCACAUGAUUGAUGCCAUGAACGCGGUGGGGGUGGACUAUGCCACCUUCGGAAACCACGAGUUCGAUUACGGGUACCAGUCCCUGCUGAAUCGGCUUCAGGGCCAUGACGAUGACGCCCAGGCAGGGGACGGGACACUGAUCGACUACGAGAAGACCACAGCUAUCUGGCUGAUGACCAACAUGAGCGAGGCCAAGACCGGGCUUCCGGUCGGCGGAGCAGACACCAAGCGCUAUGACAUCGUGGAGGUCAAUGGCAUCAAGGUGGGGCUCAUGGGGCUGUCGGAGGACUGGCUGGGGGCCUGCUCCCAGCUGAAGCCUGGGGAGAUCGCGUACGAGGACUACAUCCAGACGGGCCGUUCCUAUGCCAGGAAGAUGAAGGCUGAGGGUGCGCAGGUGGUGGUGGCGCUGACCCACAAUCGCUUCGACAACGACAAGAAGCUCACCGCCGCGGUGCCGGAGAUCGACCUCCUCCUGGGCGGCCAUGAUCACUUCUACAAGCGGGCGGAUAAGAAGCACCGGGUGAUCAAGUCGGGGGAGGAGUGGCGGUGGCUGACGCACACCACCCUGCACGUGGGUGAGACCUUGCAGAAGAUUUCCGUGGAGCGCUACGACAUAGAUGCGGACGUAGACUGCGAUCCGGUGAUCCAAGCGCUGGUGGACAAGUACUCCAAAAUCCGGGACAACAAGUUCAAGAAGGUGAUUUGUCAGAUCAAGAGCCCCUUCGAUGCGACGGAGGCCUGCGUGCGAUUCCAGGAGGGGGUGAUGACCAACUGGAUCUGCGACGCGGUGGCGGAGGACUACUCCGAGAAGGAUGGCCUGCAGUCGGCGGAUUUCGCCAUGAUCAUGGGCCUGCACUUCUCGGGGCAGGCGGUCUUUCCCGCGGGGGACUUCUCGCUGGGAGGUCUGAUGCGGGUCUUCCCCAAGCCCUGCCAGGUGGUUGUGUUGAAGCUGAAGGGGUCUGACGUCAUCAAGUCUCUGGAGCGUGGGGCCUCCUCCUUGCCCAAGGAAUGUGGGGCUUUGCACCAUACCAGCGCCGCCUUGACGUACAAGGUGAAGCUGGCAACCGGGAAGUCUGCCAACCAGGCGCUGGAUGUGAAGGUCAAGGGCAAGGCCAUUGAAAAGGACAAGCUCUAUGAGGUGGCGGUCACGGACGCCAUGGCCCAGGGGAAGUUCGGCUACGACUGGAUGGCCUCGGCGGAGCGGGUGGUGGACAGCGAGAGCGCCAUGCAGAUCCAGGACCUGGUGCUCAUGUACCUGAAGCGCCACCCCAAGGAGGCGGCUCAUGCAGGGCUGGGCAGGCUCACCAUCAGCUGA